ACUGCAGCCCCAUCCCACUCAAACUAAGGGUGGGCCUACUGUCCUCCAGUUUCUCUCUACUUCCUAUUAGCUGGGCUAUCCUGCAUACUGAUGGCUGUGGUUCCCCCAAACCAGAUGGCAUCAGAGACACUUUUUAAAGUGGGGGAUGGGGAGGAAGCCCUACUGAAGAAGGAAAACCUCAACGUGAUGAAUGCGCUCGAUCAACUACCGAAGCCUUUUCCAAACCCCAAUUUUAUGAACAGGGCUGUUGCUACCAAAGGACUCCCACUUUCUUCAAAAGGCAGUUUGGCUAACUUCUUGGAGUCAGAUAACAAUCUCAUGAAGCCUCUGACAGUGGAAGAAUCUGAAUACAGCUCUGAUGACACCAGCAUAACCCCCAUCUCAUCCAGUUCCUUGAACCCCAUCAAACUGGCUGUGACCCAGCCCAACAGCAGCUUCUUUGCAGGAAUGCUGGAGGGUGAGCUGAACAAACUCAGCUUUUCCUCACUGGUCAAGAACCCAGAAAAGGGGGACCUGGCACUCUGCCCCCAUGCAUCUAAGACUCAAAUGGCUCCUGGCGGCCUGUUGGACCUUGACAACCCCGCCCUGGACACAGACACCUCCUCAACACGUUCGGAAUCCUCUGUGAUCAUGAACCUGCCAGAGGCCCCUUUCAUCUGUGAACACACAGUCAGCGAUUCCACAGCCGUGAUUUCCUGGACCUAUACUUUGGGCAAGCAGCAGGUCAGUUUCUACCAGGUCCUGUUACAGGAGGUGAGCAAGAAAAAAGAAGAGGAGCCACCCAAGGCAAAGAAUCGUCCCUGGAUCUUCAAUAAGAUCUUGGGCACCACCGUCAAGCUGAUGGAGCUGAAGCCUAACACGAGUUACUGCCUCACCGUCCGUGCAGCCAACACGGCUGGGGUGGGGAAAUGGUGCAAGCCCUACAAAUUUGCAACUGUGGCCAGUGACUUUAACAGCUUUCCUGAGAACAAUCCCAUCCAGAUCACUGUGCAGCGCAAGGAACCCCAGCGGAGAACGGUGUCCAUUGGGCUGGAGGACAUGCGGAGGCUGGAGGAUUUGGAAUACCUAUUUCCUUACUAGUAGAGGGCCCCGGACACCCCUCACUGGGGAUCAGCCUCAGCCCAGGGCCCUCAGGAACCAGACCAUGAGAUGUACCGUACCACCAUCACCAUGCCAGAGAACCACUGACUACCCUGCUGGCCAGGGCCUGGAGGCAGUGGUACUGGUACCCUACCCCUGGGCCAUGGCCAAGCCUAGGGGAGCCCCAUUCACCUGGAGACAUCUCAGGCCGAGCUAAGCCAGGCCAGGCUCAGCCACUGCCCACAGCUGCUAGGCUCCCUCCUUCCCCAGAUCUGGGCUGGGUCCAGAUUCCUCAUUAAAGAACUGCAGGUCAUCCAGCA